AUUGUUGUCAAUGCCCUAGUCAAUGCCAUUCCAGCUAUUAUGAAUGUGUUUCUGGUCUGCAUGGUGUUUUGGCUCAUAUUUAGCAUCAUGGGUGUGCAGUUUUUCAAGGGCCGCCACCAGUUUGAAUACAAGGAGGUAGCCAACAAGACUGCCUGCCUGGAUAGGAAUGCCACCUGGCAGAAUUUGAACAUUAAUUUUGAUAGCACGGCAAAUGGUUUUCUUGCCUUAUUUCAAGUGGCAACUUUUGAGGGCUGGAUGGAAAUUAUGCAGGCUGCUUCGGAUUCCACUGAUGUUGACAAGCAGCCACAGUUUGAAGCGACUAUGAAUGCCUAUCUGUAUUUUGUUGUCUUCAUUGUUAUUGGGUCAUUCUUCUCCCUGAACCUCUUCAUUGGAGUCAUCAUUGAUAAUUUCAAUGUCCUCAAAAAGAAGUAUGAGGGCAACUACCUCGAUGCUUUCUUAACCCAAAACCAGAGGAAUUACUACAACAUAUUGAAGAAGGCAGGGACACGAAAGCCGAAGAAGACUGUCAAGAGACCGCAGAACAAAUUCCUCCUGCUCUUCUAUGACUUGGCUGUCAGCAGCAGGUUUGAAAUGGCCAUUGUCCUGCUGGUCUUUCUGAACCUGGUCAUCAAUGCCGUUUACCAUUACAACGAGACUCAAGCCGUGACUGAGUUCCUGGACAUGAUGAAUAUUCUGUUCGUAACUGUGUUCACACUCGAGAUGACUGUGAAGAUCAUUGGACUGCGGAUCCAUUUUUUCCGCUUUUCCUUGCAUGUUUUUGAUUUGAUUGUUGUUGUAUUGUCAAUACUUGCAUUUGUACUGGAUCAUGUGUUAUCAGUCCUCAUUGUACAGCCCACUUUGUUGCGGAUUGUACGUGUCUUUCACAUUGGCAGAGUUUUACGACUGAUUAAAGCAGCUAAAGGCAUUCGGAAACUUCUCUUUGCCAUUAUCAUAUCCCUACCUGCUGUAUUCAACAUUGGAGCUUUGCUUUUCAUGAUCAUGUUUGUUUAUGCCAUAAUUGGCAUGUCUUUAUUUGGCACUGUGAGACUGACUGGUGUCUUCAAUGAAAUAGUCAACUUCCGGACUUUUGGCAACAGCUUUAUGCUGCUACUUCGCCUGUCAACCGCAGCAGGCUGGAACGACGUACUUGAGGCUUUAUUGGUCAAGGAACCUUAUUGUAAUCCCAAACAUUUUACUUUACCCGAUAAUACCACUAGACAUUCAUCUCAUGGGGACUGUGGGAUACCUUACCUGGCAAUACCUUACAUGGUCAGUUACAUUAUCCUGGUGUGGCUGAUUGUGGUGAACAUGUACAUUGCAGAGGAAGUGGGCAUUACCGAAGAUGACUUUGACAUGUUUUACACCGUCUGGGAGAAGUACGACCCAUUUGCCACACAGUUCAUCAAGUAUGAACAGCUUCCAGAUUUUGUUGGCGACUUAGACCCGCCCCUUCAGAUCCCACGACCCAAUGAAAUAACACUGGUGACGUUCAAUAUUCCUAUACUGGAAGGAGAAAAGAUGCAUUGUUUAGAUGUUUUAAUUGCUCUGGUAAAAUAUGUACUCUCCGAAGUGGAAGAGACGCAUGAGUUAAGAUCCCUGAAGAAACAGAUCGAGGCGAAGUUUUUUGAACGUUUUCCAGCUCGAUAUAACAUAGUGGUGAAAUCAACGACCCUGCAGAGGAAGAAGGAAGAUGUUGCAGCUAGAACUCUUCAGAGGUCUUGGCGGAGUUAUAAGGCUCAAAGAGCCAUGCAGAGCAUUACAGCUUACGCUCGGAAACAAAAGAUUCUACGAGCGGCUUACAGUGGUUCCCGACCAUUCACCAGCACCAUGAUUGACCUCAGCCGCAGACUCGAGCUGGCCCUGAACAAGUUCUUUCUCGUUCAGAAGGACAUGUGGGAUUUAUCGGAGUCUUACUGCCCAACCCCUUUUAACGUUAAUUAA